CAACCUGUCUUCACUCCCUGUCUGUUAUUCUGUCGCCUGGUUUUAUGUAUUUAACGCUAUCGUGUUCGUUAGCAGCAGAUCGAUACAGUUAUUAUAAGGAUAACUUAUAAAUAAAAAGUAAACAUUUUUAAUUUAGUUUUAUGAUGCUCUAGGGCGUUUUAAUAAUCUCAAUAGUUUUGGACAUAACGGCUUAAAAAAUGGAAGAAUUUAUAUUUUUAUCAAACUAUAAAUGUUUUAAACAGAAUGACUGAAUACAGAUAAAGAUUGUGACCUAAUGAGUAACGGUUUCUGCUGAGACUGUCAUUUGACUCAAUCGGUUUUCAUGUUUCAUGUGUGGGUGUCGUUUGGACCAAGGUCUUCUGCUGCUGAGAGUCAUGGUUUUCCUCCUCACCCCGUGUCUCUCUCCCUGUUGGGUGACAGUAACAACAAUCAUUUGGGUGAAAUAAUCAAAAGAAAAAGAAAAAAGACUUUUUAUUCACUGUACUGUGAAAAUGUAAAUUGUCGUGACACGAAUUGUGUUUGGAUUCUUAUUUAAAUGUAUAUUUAUUAUUUAUUUAAUAACAUAUGUUUGUUUGUGUGUUGUUUGUUUAUAUUUCUGUGAGUGUGGUCUUAUUGUUACGAUCACUGAUCAAAGUCUCCUCAUAAACUGCUCAGUCACGUUUUCUCUUGGCCUUAAUAAUCCAAACUUUAGUUUCGCGUGCGUGAGUGUUUGUUUUCAUGGCCAGAUCACACACACGCGCGCGCACGGUGACCUUCCCUGUGAGAGCGGACAGGAACGGGACAGCCCUCCUCCCUCCCCCGCUCUGCCCGGCUCUCACUCGGGUGAAGCGAUCGAGUCCAGUCCAGGACGGAGCCGCUGUCUGCUGCCGCUGCCGCUGCGCCUCCUGUCGGACAGUGAUGCUGCCGGAGCCUUCUGCACCGCGGACACACAGGGAGUUUCGGUCCUCUCCUCUCCCGCAGCCCCUGCUUCUCCUCUGACCGGCCGUGCUGGUGGUGGCAGUGCGGAUGUGGAGCCCGCAACGCAUCGCUGUUAACCCGUCGGCAAGAACCGGAGAAGAAGAUGAAAUGUUUUUCCCGUUAUCUCCCCUACAUCUUCCGCCCUCCCAGCACCAUACUGUCUUCCACUUGCCACACAGAAGCUGACAUUAUCUCUACUGUGGAGUUCAACUCGUCGGGGGAGCUGUUGGCCACCGGGGAUAAAGGAGGCCGAGUUGUUGUGUUCCAGAGAGAGCAGGAGAGUAAGAGCCAGCCCAACCGUCGAGGGGAGUACAAUGUUUACAGCACAUUUCAGAGCCACGAGCCAGAGUUUGACUACCUGAAGAGUUUGGAAAUUGAGGAGAAGAUUAACAAGAUCAAAUGGCUUCCUCAGCAGAACGCUGCCUACUUUCUGUUAUCAACGAAUGACAAGACGGUGAAGCUGUGGAAGAUCAGCGAACGAGACAAGAGACCAGAGGGCUACAACCUGAAGGACGAGGACGGACGGAUCAGAGACCCCUCCACCAUCACCUCCCUACGGGUACCGGUACUGCAGCCCAUGGACCUGAUGGUGGAGGCCACAGCCAGACGGGUCUUCAGUAACGCCCACACCUACCACAUCAACUCCAUCUCCGUGAACUCUGACCUCCAGACCUUCAUCUCCACUGACGACCUCAGGGUGAACUUAUGGAACCUGGAGAUCACCGACCGCAGCUUCAACAUCGUGGACAUCAAACCGUCCAACAUGGAGGAGCUGACUGAGGUCAUCACCUCGGCUGAGUUUCACCCCCGUCAGUGUCACACCUUCGCCUACAGCAGCAGCAAGGGCUCCAUCCGACUGUGUGACAUGAGACAGGCGGCUCUGUGUGACAGACACUGUAAAUACUUUGAGGAACCAGAAGAUCCCUCCACCCGGUCCUUCUUCUCUGAAAUCAUCUCAUCCAUCUCAGACGUGAAGUUCAGUCACAACGGCCGCUACUUGAUGACCAGGGACUACCUCACUGUCAAGGUGUGGGACCUCCAGAUGGAGAACAAGCCUCUGGAGACGUACCAGGUUCAUGAUUAUCUACGAGGAAAACUGUGUUCUCUGUACGAGAACGACUGCAUCUUCGACAAGUUUGAAUGUGUCUGGAACGGAUCGGACAGCGUCAUAAUGACCGGCUCCUAUAACAAUUUCUUUCGAAUGUUUGAUCGAAACACCAAACGUGACGUCACACUGGAGGCCUCCAGAGAAAACAGCAAACCCAGAGCCAUCCUGAAGCCUCGCAAGGUGUGUGUGGGGGGGAAACGGCGUAAGGACGAGAUCAGCGUGGACAGUUUAGACUUCAGUAAGAAGAUCCUUCACACCACGUGGCACCCUCACGAGAACAUCAUCGCCGUCGCCGCCACCAACAACCUCUACAUCUUUCAAGACAAGGUGAACUAACGGGCGGUCUGCCCCGCUGACCCCCGACCUUCAGUCAUGUGAUGAGGUGCAGACGGGAGGAUGGGGUGGGGGGGGACCUCCUGCU